UCAACCUCCUCUGAUCGACACCCAAACGUUUGCAUGGAGACCCUCACCUUCCACUUGUCUUUUCUCUCUAAUUUCAUCACUUCGCCUUUAUCUCACCACAAAUUUUUCAUGAAUUUCUCGGUAACAGAUCCACUACCCUUCAAUGGCAAGCUUAGAACAUCUAAAGGUUGGGACGAGACCACCAUGGGUGGGUCUUUGAGUUGCUGUUUGGGUCCAAAUAGCUGCUGCAAAUGCUUAUAACUUCCCUCUCUAUUCUCAUUCCUUGAAAUCCGUUCUUGGGUUUAAUCAAAGACAGCUGACGAUGCUUGGAGUGGCUAAUGAUAUUGGCGAAAACGUUGGUAUCCUUCCUGGGAUCUUCUAUAACAAGUUCCCUACAUGGGUAGUCCUUUUCAUCGGUGCUUUGUGUUGCUUUUCGGGUUAUGGAGUUAUUUGGCUUGCACUUACUCAUACAAUCGAUUCAUUGCCUUAUUGGCUGUUAUGGAUUGCAUUAUGUGUUGCAACAAACAGCAACGCUUGGUUUACUACGGCUGUUCUCGCGACCAACAUGAGAAACUUCCCUCUCAGUCGGGGUAUUAUUACUGGAAUCCUAAAAGGCUACGGGGGUUUGGGUGCUGUUGUGUAUACCGAAAUUUACGCCAUUUUGCUCCACAAAUCCUCUUCUAUGCUCUUACUAUUUCUUGCACUCGUGGUUCCUGCACUUUCUCUUGUGUUGAUGUAUUUCGUUAAACCUUGUGUGCCUUCUUCUGCGGACAACUCCAGUGAUCAUGCAUAUUUUCUUUUUAUUCAAGCCGCAAGUAUUAUGCUCGGCAUUUAUCUCCUAACCACCACGAUUUUGAGCGACAUGUUUUCACUAAGUUCCCUCAUAUCGUGGACAUUUCUUGUUUUUAUGGUAAUUCUCCUCAUGGCUCCACUUGCUAUCCCUAUAAAAAUGACCUUCUAUCCUUCAACUCCACCCGAUAUAAACAAAGUUCAAGAAAUAAGAACGGACCCUUUACUUGAACCAACUUCUUCAAGAACUGAUCCCGGAAGUUAUGAUGAAAAUGACGGUUUAUCAGAUGUGGAUUCACUUCUUGCUGAAAGGAGAAGGUUGCGACCAAGAAGAGGAGAUGAUUUUAAGUUCAGUGAAGCUUUAAUAAAGGCCGAUUUCUGGCUUCUGUUUUUGGUUUACUUUGUAGGUGUUGGUUCUGGAGUUACUGUUUUAAAUAACCUGGCCCAAAUCGGGAUAGCUCAAGGCGUGCACAACACCGCAAUCUUAUUGUGUCUAUUUGGAUUUUGUAAUUUUGUUGGGCGGCUUAGCGGUGGUGCCAUUUCUGAACAUUUUGCCAGGUCAAGAAGCAUUCCAAGAACCGUUUGGAUGACAUGCACGCAAGUCCUGAUGAUUGUUACAUACCUUAUGUUUGCUUCUGCUAUCCGCGGUACCCUUUAUGCAACAACUUCGUUACUAGGGAUAUGUUAUGGUGUACAAUUCUCUAUCAUGAUCCCGACUACUUCUGAGCUUUUCGGGCUGAAAAACUUCAGUAUAUUCUACAAUGUCAUAUCAUUAGGGAACCCUCUUGGCGCUUUCCUCUUCUCGGGUCUUCUAGCCGGAAAUAUAUAUGAUUAUGAGGUUUCGAAGCAAAACUCUGUGUCUUGCUUGGGUCCAAAUUGUUUCAGGUUGACGUUCUUUGUUUUGGCCGGCUUGUGCAGUGUCGGAACUAUCUUGAGUAUAAUCUUGACAAGAAGAUUGAAGCCGGUUUAUGAAUUACUUUAUGGCAGUGGUUCAUUUAGGCUGCGAAGUCCAAACCACUGAUCGAUCAACACAUCUAUUUUUCUCGGAGAACUUUCAACAACUAAAUACUGGUCCAAGUUGUUUGGAGCGAGAAUUGGUUCAUGAGUAUUGCUAGAUACAGACGUUAAAUGUGUACACGACAAGGGCCUCUAUAAUGUGUCAAGUAUCGUCUUAUAACGUGUUCGUCACCGUACAGAUUUAUAUAGAGCUCUAAGUUCAGAUACUGCAUUAUAUAUGUAUCUAUGUGCAUAUGUGUUUCAACAAAAUCCAAUAAACGUAUAACGUGUUGACGGAAGUUUUUCAUCUGUAUGAUGAAUGUUUUUACCUCGACAAU